AUGAUUGAGCCUAUUAGACUGCCACUGAGGAAAAUUAAGUUUGAAGAAUACAUAAACAGCACUGGAGGAAUUAUUGAUGAUGCACAAGGACGUGUGAGCGAUGCGAAUGUUGAUCUCAAUGAGUUUGUGUGCAUGUUUGUGAAUCAAGCAAUGAAAGAGAUGCGGGAUGCGCUCAACAAGUAUCAUUCGGUGUCUGAGAUGAUAUGCAGGAAGGAGCUGAGUGUAUUUUUCAGACAGAAGGCUGCAGACUUUGAGUGCUUGUUUAUUCUUUUGAGUGGAGCAGAGUACCUGCGAAACAGCCGCUCGAACGAAUACAGGAUGAAAAUGAUAUCACAUGCAGAUCAUGCAUAUGUGCGGAUUGCAGAUGAUUUAGCAUAUGUUUUUGAGUCUUUGAAGCCGAUGAUUGCGCCGAAGGGGGAUGUUUUUACGUGCUUGCAGGCUAACCUUGAUCCUGACUAUCUGUUACCAAAGCUUUAUGAGCCAAGUAAUAGCAGUGUUAGUGAUGAAGACAAAUGUAACAGUAUGGAAGUAGAGGAUGGGAUAGAAUUUGAGCAAAUGCACAGGGCAAGCAAAAUAUAUCUCGGUAGAGAAGAUCUGUCUAUCUACAGAAAUGUGAAGGUUGAGAAUGGAAUGGUGUAUUUGAAAGAUGAGCAUUUUUUAUUUACUCUUGCGCUGUGUGGGGAUAUUUCGAAGCCGCAGUGGAAACUGAUUGAUGUCCAGGGAGAAGAUGAUGCAUUCAGUAGGCACCUGCUUUUUUGUAUGCCUAGUAGUGUAAGUGCAAUAUCAAGAUUCUCCAGGGUUUAUGAGUCGCACUUCAGGAUGAGACAAAUGUUCCUUGUAGUAAAAGCAGCUUCUGAGCGCAUUGAUAUGGAGGUUAAUGGACACUAUAGAAGAUUUGAGGUUGUGGUUGGUAAAUUUAAGAUGUCAGUGAAGAUUGAGGAGCAUACGAUUCUUGGAUGGAUAUAUGUUGGUAAUGAGAAGGCUCGUAUUGGAGAGAAUGAUAUGCAAGGAUGUGUGAAUGGAAUACAAAGGAAUGCAAUUGAUGAAUUUGAGUGCUGGAUUUCGAAUUAUCUGUGUAAAGAUGGAACAGAUGCUCGGUUUUCAUUUAUUAAUGGAUUUGUAGCAAGUGGUAGGUCAUUUAGAAGCGCCUUAGAUCUGGAGAUGUUUUUGGACAAGGAUAGGGAAAACAGUGUUUUUUAUGAGUUUUUUGAAAAUACUUUUCGUGGAGUGCAUGAAGGCAUUGGGCAAAGGUGUGAAGUGUUCAGGAACUACAGAAGCGAAUUAUUUGGAAAAAAGAAUGUGUUUAUUACCAAAAGCCGAGUCUUUCUGUGUGUGUGCCUUGUAGGACUUACAAACACGUGCAUGAAUCUAAAGGUGUAUGCAGGAAGUCAUGAGCUUAUGGAUUUUUUUGAUUAUGUAGAAGUUUUGUUAAGGAUAGAUGCGAAUGGAAGAGUGAUAGGGGUUGCAAAUUUGAAUUGUAAUGAAAAUAAUGAUGUAUUAGAUAUAGCAAAUGGUAUGUUAACAUCGCAAGCUAUUCCAAUCGAAAGUGUUUAUGAGUACUUUAUUCAAAGCAUGGAAAUUUUAUUUUUUGUGCAUAAUGCAUGUUGUAUUGCAAAUCAAGUGGUUGUGGUUAUGGAUAGAAUUAUUGUGAAUCAUGAAAUGCAUGGAGGCAGGCUAUGUGUUGUGGUAAGUCUGAAUGAGCAGAAUCUUGUUGUAUGUGUAGAUUUUGAAGCUAGUGCAGGCUUUCCAGCAUUAUUGAAUGCUCCAUUAGAAAGAAUGGUGAGAAUUGAUGCAUUUGAAGAGUAUAUGCGAUUUGCGAUUUGUAUGAUUGAUAUCAAGAUGGAUUUUGAGAAUAAAGAAGGUAGAGCAGAGCUUGGAUCUAUGAACAGCAUUGGGAUAGUCUCAAUGGAAGUGGAAAGAGGACUUGAUAUACGGCUUACUGGAAUGGAUAUGAAUCUUUCAUUUAAUGAUUUUGAAGGCAAAAUGAAUCUUGAGGUAAAUACACUGGGAAUGAAUGAUGUUUUUGAAUGUAUUCCAAAGACAAAUGCAGUUGAUAUACUAAUUUGUUUCUAUGAAUUCUUUUUGAAAGGUUUUAUUCCAUGUGUUUGCACAUCAUCUGGAUUGGUAUUUAAAUUCAGGUACGCAUCUCAAGGGACACUAAGAUUGAAAAUGGUGAGCAGGAGUGCAUACAAAGUGUGUGUAGAAGGACUUAACGGAGAUUUUAAUGAGUUCAGUGGAAUAUCAAUAGGAAUGAAUGCACAGCUGUUGCAAAAGCUUGAUCAACUGUAUUACGAUGAGAGAAUACAACACAUAGCAAGUCUUGCAAGAAUUGAGUAUGAAGUACAGGAUGAAAGUAGAAAAGUAGUGAUUGUUACGCCAUGUGGCCAGUUCAAUAUUAGUGUUAAUGGAAAUACAUGGGAUUUUGCAAUCAUGUUGAACACAAUGAAAUUGAACGAAGAAGUUUUAAGUACGAUUUGCAUGUAUUUCAAUAAGGAACUUACAAUUGGAAGGAAUAUAUCAAUGAUGCUAGGAUACUUGAGAAGCGAUAUAUAUAUUCUGAGAUUGAUUGAGAAGCUUGGUUUACAAAUACGUUGA